CAUUUGUCAACUUUCUACUUUAUUUCCAUUUCCUCUUUCUUCAUUCUGUGUUAUUUCCUCUCUUCAAAACAACAAAUAUGUGCGGUAGAGAUGUUAUACCAAAAGUUGAUCCAAUCGUAGAACGAAGCCGGAUGGUGGCCGCGGGUAAUCUCUGGAAUGAAUUCAACGCCUACACUCCCGUCGGCUGGGAUAUCGAGCCGCGAUCAGUAAUUCACUUCGCUAGAAAUGGUGAUUCCACUCCAAAUCUCAAGCAAGUAUGCAUGAAUCAGACUCAAAAGCCAAUAGACAAAACAACCAAACCCCGGAAGAAUCUCUACAGAGGGAUCCGCAAGCGAUUAUGGGGCAGAUGGGCUGCUGAAAUCCGCGACCCACAACAGGGCGCUCGUUUAUGGCUCGGGACAUACAACACGGCCGAAGAAGCCGCUAGAGCUUACGAUGCAGCCGCCAUACGUAUCCGAGGCAAUAAGGCCAGGCUCAACUUCCCUAAUUCAUCACCUCCUGCCAAAAAGUUGUGUGUUGAACAGCCGCAACCUCCGCCUGCAUUGAUGGAUCAAGACGAGCAUGGACAGAUCGCGACAGCGACUCAGUCAACUCAGCCACGGGUUCAUGAACAGUUGCCACCUUCGCCACCUGCAUUGAUGGAUUGUGGUAAUCUCCACAACCAUUUGUCAUCAGAUCAGUUGAAGUUAUUGGAGCAAAUCUCCAACUGGGAGACUUUCUUAGGUCUCGAGCAUGAGCCGACUGGGCUCGGGUGUGAGUCGGACGAUCUUUGGGCUACAUUUUGAGGUUUAAAUCGGUCGUGAACUUACUUGUCUUUGUUGUAAUACAGAAGUUUCACCACUAGGUAUUAUGUUUGUGACACAUAAAUUACGUGUUUUUUUGUGCAUGGAUAUAUAUGUCAUGACUCGUGUGAUUGAUAAAGCUUUAUAAAGCUGUACCUUGUGCUUUAUGUU